AUGUCAAUUGAUAUCAAAUGGGAGAAUUUAGCAGAUGACACACAGAUUGUUGAUUCUGUUGUGGAUGCUCUGAACUCACAGCUUGAGAGUGUUCAAUUGCCCGACUAUUUGCAAAAUGUCCGUGCCACGAGGUUUUCAUUGGGACAUAUACCCCCCAAUAUCACAAUAAGACACAUUGGGGAUCCCUUUCCGGAGUUCUCGAGUGACGAGCCUGGUGUGGGCUCUAGAAGGGUCGACCAGGGCUCGAACACCUCCGAGGUUGAUACCAAUGACGUCCAUAUUACCGAGGAAGACGAGAGAACCAAGGGAAUACAGUUCCUGGUUGAGCUGGAGUAUAAAGGGGACAUGUGGAUUGAGCUCCAGGUGGACCUCCUGCUGAACUACCCAUCUCCCGGCUUCAUCAAGCUACCAGUGAAACUAAAGAUUGUGGACUUGGGAAUCCACUCGUUGGCUGUGAUUGCACACCUUGACCAUCAGGUCUAUAUAAGCUUCCUCUGCGACGUCAAUGACGACGAGUUUGACGAUAUACUGAAGAACCCAACAGCAUCAAGGGGAAAGCGAAUCGAUAUCAUACGGAGUAUGCACAUCGAGAGCGAGAUUGGAGACGAUCUUGACGGCUCUGUGCUGCGCAACGUGGGUAAAGUAGAGAAGUUCCUUGUUGAGAUGAUGCGUGGGCUACUACGAGAUGAGCUUGGUUGGCCAGGCUGGAUCCACCUAGACUUUAGGGAUGAUGACGACGACGACGACGAAGAUCAGGAGCAGGAGGCCGCACCAACCCAGGAUGGACAGCACGAAGACCUACACGACGACGCCAGCGAUACAACACGGUGA